GAGACGUAGAGUUCCGUCGCUAUAAAUAGCUUUUGCUUUGAACAAGGUUUUUGUAAGAGCAACAACAAUUAACAUACAUAUAGUGAGAGAAUCAAUCAUCAACCAACCAUGUCUGAUAUUGCCAUGUUGGUAGCCGAAGAAUAUGAGAGAAGGACAAAGCAUUAUAGGAAGGGUGGUGCUGGCGCUGUACAAGAGAGGAAUUUGAACGUGGUUUCUUGUGCUAAUUCUUUUUUGGUUCUGAAGGAGAAGAUUGAGGUGCAGAAGAAGGAGCUUGUCAAGUGGGUUUUGGAACCCAAAACCCAAUUUGCAAUUGCUGCUUCUAACAGUUUAUUCUCUGCUUGAUCGAACAAGUUCAGCUUUCUGGUUGCAAUAGUUAUUGGCUGUUGGCACCUUAUUGUUUUAUUAUUUUUCCUUUUGUAAUCUAUAUUUAGUCAUAUUUUGAAUUAAAGGUAACUUUGUUCCACGUUCAAAAUCUUCGGUGACUCUUUUAUAUAUACUUGGAUGCUUAUAAAUAUCGAAAAUGUUUGAUAUUAAAUGUUGAGUAUGUUUUUGGUCCUCAUAAAAAAUAAAUGUAUAAUAUUUUGAUUGGGA